CCGACUCUGGAGCCCAGGCUGUUGCUUCCCAGACUGGUGGUGAAUCCUCCAUAGUCUGGGGAAACUCAUUCAGGCAAGUUCAGCCCUUUAUGAGGAAUUCCCCUGUGGUCACAUUCCAAUUCCUGGACCUGCUGCCACCCUCAGAACUGCAUGCUCCUUCUUCAGACUUUCUAAGAAUGACUCAGGUCAUUGGUGGAGUGAAGUCAAGAUUUCCAACUCAGUCACCUGAAGAGAUGGAGAUACCAUUCAUGGAGCUGGAGGUCCCUGGAGAUUUGGGAAUUCAGAUAACAAGCUAAGAUGAGGAGUUGGCCUACCUCUGUUCUAGAGCGAAGCCUGAGCCUUGGGCACGCAGCACACCACAAGUAUCUGUUACUGUGUUUUGCAGAAGCUUCAGGCGGGGAUAUAAGCCCCACAAGGAAAGCGCUGAGCAGAGGAGGUCUCAGCUUGACCUGCGGCAGUGCAGCCCUUGGGACUUCCCUCGCCUUCCACCUUCUGCUCGUCUGCUUCACAAGCUAUCGCUAUGGUGUUCGUGCGCAGGCCGUGGCCCGCCUUGACCACAGUGCUUCUGGCCCUGCUCGUCUGCCUGGGGGCGCUGGUCGACGCCUAUCCCAUCAAACCCGAGGCUCCCGGCGAAGACGCCUCCCCGGAGGAGCUGAACCGCUACUACGCCUCCCUGCGCCACUACCUCAACCUGGUCACCCGGCAGCGGUAUGGGAAAAGAGACGGCCCGGACACGCUUCUUUCCAAAACGUUCUUCCCCGACGGCGAGGACCGCCCUGUCAGGUCGCGGUAAAAGCGCCCCCGUUACCACACAUCCUGCCUCCGAGAGCGCGGCCUGGCCCUACCCUGGCAACAUCACUUAACGACGUCUCCCAGGCUCGCCUCCCUAGAUCCAAUUCCUUCCCCUUCGCUUCCGCAGGUCGGAGGGCCCAGACCUGUGGUGAGGACCCCUGAGGCCUCCUGGGAGAUCUGCUAACCACGCCCACGUCAUUUGCAUACGCACUCCCGACCCCAGAAACCCGGAUUCCGCCUCCCGACUGCGGCGUCUGGGCAGGGUUCGGGUGCGGCCCUCCGCCCGCGUCUCGGUGCCCCCGCCCCCUGGGCUGGAGGGCUGUGUGUGGUCCUUCCGUGGUCCCAAAAUAAAGAGCAAAUUCCACAGAA